AGGAGUAACGGCCCAAUCAAAGGACACGGCUUUAGAACUCCUUUACUCCGAUAAUGUGAUACGAUGACAUUUUAUUUUCCUUAAUCUAAGAAAGAGAGAAAAGCUUGAGACUUUUCAAGAACAGAGCACCGGAGUUCAUCUACACCUUGUCUCUUUAUCGCCUGAUCGAGGAUUGUUCGUCUGCUGAAGCGUGUACGGAAGAUGGAGCUCGGGCAAGUUUACAUUUCCAAGUCCUACGAUGGUGUGGAGCCACCAGAAUCAUCCGACGAGAUCGGAGGAGUCGCUGCGUCAUGCGGAAUGGCUUGCGCUUUUUCUAGGCAAGAACAGAGCAACUCUGACUGCAAAGAACGGGAAGAAUCUACCAGAAGACUCUUCAGCCUCAUGUUUCUGUACCUCGUUGUCAUGUCCGUACAGAUCGUUGGCGGGUUAAAGUCUAAUAGCCUCGCGGUUAUCACAGAUGCCGCGCAUUUGCUCGCCGACGUGGCGGGUUUCUCAGUUUCUAUCUUGGCCAUCAAGAUUUCGAGUUGGGACGCGGAUCCGUACAGCUCGUACGGAUUCAAGCGGCUCGAAGUUCUUGGAGCCCUCUUGUCGGUUCAGCUCAUAUGGCUCGUGUCCGGUGUUCUUAUCCACGAAGCCGUCGAAAGGCUCCUUAGCAGAACGAGAGAGGUGAAUGGUGAAGCCAUGUUUUUUAUUUCAGCGUUCGGGUUCUGUGUGAACCUGGUUAUGGUCAUGUGGUUAGGACAUGGCCACAACGAUCAUCACCAUCAUCAUCAUUGCAAGCCAAGGGAGAGCGAGGAGGAGACGGAUCUUUUAUCGGGUGGUUCAGGAAAAAGCUCAAAGGCAAUAAACAUCAACAUCCAAGGAGCUUACCUUCAUGUGAUGGCUGAUAUGAUUCAGUCUCUUGGCGUCAUGAUCGGUGGAGCCAUCAUAUGGGCAAAACCCCAAUGGUUAGUGGUUGAUCUGAUCUGUACUCUUGUCUUCUCCGCAUUUGCUCUCGCCGCCACCGUCCCCAUGCUCAAGAACGUAUUUCGCAUUCUGAUGGAGAGCGCGCCGGGUAAUGUGGACAUGACAAAGCUCGAGAGAGGCCUCAGACGUAUCAAUGGAGUUCAGGAUGUUCAUGAUCUCCAUGUCUGGGAAAUAACAGUGGGGAGAAUCGUGUUGUCUUGCCAUGUCUUGGCCAUCCCGGGGGCCAGCCCUAGGGAGAUCCUUUCCGACGUUAGAAACUACUGCAGAAAGGCUUACGGGAUUCAUCAUGUGACGGUGCAAGUCGAAUCAGCAUAGCCAAAAAAAGAUU